AUGAUUUCUCCAGAUUCGAAAUUUGUUGGAGAAGCCCUUGAACAAAGGGAUGUACGGACUAUAUUUGUUUCGGCUAAAGAAGAUAACAAGGAACGUGAAAACCGAAUAAUACUGUUGAUUGGUCCAUCAAGCUCCCAGAAAUCAGAUCUCAUAGAUUUUCUCUGUAAUUACUUUUAUGGUGUUGAACCAACAGAUCAGAAAAGGUUUCAUAUUGCCGAUGAGAAAUUCAAUCAAGAAACCCCACAAAGACCUGUGCAGUGUUAUAUUUUUAAUGAAACAGUUAUGCCAGUGAGACCUGUUAUUUUGGAUAUGAUUGGAUGCGGUGACACUUAUGAUGGAUUUGAUACUCCUUCCUUGAUUAACAAAUGGCUUCUGAACAAUUGGAAAAUGAGACUUGACACUAUUGCAGUGGUAUUCUCAGAUUUACACAGAAUGAGCAUGCAUGAAGAAGAUGAGCUGCAGCAGGUUCUGUCCGAUAUUCCUGAACAUGUCCGUGACAAUAUAGUUGUAUUCAUCACCGCGUCAGAUGGUUCUAGAACGUUUGAGCCUUUGUUACGGAGAUUCGGUCUCUCUGACUACCCAAAAUUCACUAUUAAUACUGCGUGCACAUUUCAAAAACAAAUGGAAGACCGACUGAAUGACGAACAUAGAAGACGAUACUGGAAAAUGUCAGUGAACCAGUUCAACACUUUUAUGGAAAGGGUCCAGGAAUCUACGCCUGUAACUAUCUCUGGACUUCAAUUCAUCGAUGAUGGAAUCUAUGGGGUUCAGGAGUCGGCACAGAAUUCGUCCAGGAAUAGUGUGUAUUCUUCGAGCAAUAGAUCCACCGUCAUCGAAGUGGAGCAAAGCUCGAGAGCCCCACUAUCUCAGGCACCUCCACCUCCAUCAACGGCCCGUCCGACGACAUCCCCUCCCCAACCUCCCGUGUCAAAUCCACCCACAAAACCGUCCCCACCACAACCACCACCAAAACCAACAAUUCGGCCGCCACCUCUUCCGGCAUCUCCGCCUCCAAUACCGCCGUCAAGUGAGCCUCCAUCAGUCGGCAUACCAUUGUAUAGUGAGAAGCAUCAGCAACAACUACGAUCACAAACAACCGCCGUCUCACCGCCAAAGCCUCCAAGUUUUGCGCCGCCUGUACCGCCUGAUGCAGCUCUAAUCACUGACACUUCGACCACCACUGCUCUAACCAACGCAAUGUUCCAACAACUCAGACAGUCUAGCACUCAGUAUGACUAUCCCACGCAUGGAACUGAACGUGCCUACUCCGCUCAAGUACCGUAUGAUGUCCCUCCAUCCGUUCAAUCCGCUGGUGGACUUCAUGAACGUCGGCAUAGUGUACCAGACGAUAUUCGUCAUUACGCCGACGAGACAACUCCACCGCCUGUUUUGCACGACGUCGCCGACAGAUACUCCACAGUGGCGUAUAUGAACCACGAGUUAACCAAUAACUCUACAAGAAUCUACUCCCGUUCGCCGACAAGAAGUCAAGUUGGAGUUCGCGACGCACAUCGUUUGAGUCGUGACGAUUUGAGAAUUGUGGAUGCCCACAGUAGUCCAAGUGAUUCACAAUCAGAAGAACUGAGAAGAAUGUACUCGGGAAGAAGUGGAAAUUCUGUCAAGCCAACAGGCGAUAUAACUGCGCGCUACGUUUACGACACUGCUAAUCGCAAUUAUACAGCAUACGGAGAGAGACAAGAGAGACAGUCCUACACUUCCUUCCCAGCUGCUCCAGCAAAUGAUAGAAAACGGUGGUCGAGAUCUUCCGAACCACGAUCAGAGACUUAUAUUAAUGACCCUUACUAUUCCGGGAAAGAUGUGGUUUCGGGGUACGGUGUAAUUGAGACAAGAAGAAGUCGUACCAGUCUUCAUAGUCACGGAAGUGUACCAGAACUCAUUCACUCUGAAAACAAAUAUGACUAUCAGCAACUUUCAGAACAACAGACACGCGAUUUAGAGAGACGAACAAGACAAGACACUGAGCGUCGUAGUAGACGCCAAUCAGAGGGAUCUCGUCAAAUUUACAUUGAUCGCCGUAUUUCCCCGGAAAGACAACAAAAAGAUAGAAACAGCGGAGCGUACUCGAAUGUGAACAUGCAAGAUAAUCCACAGUACAAUUUGCCAAGAAGAGAUGCCCCACCACCACAAAUUCCCCCAAAACCUGUCAUUCAGAGAGUUAGCGGUGGUGAGGUAUAUGAAGACGAGCGUUCAAUCUACGAAGCCUACAGUCAAAUCCACCACCAACGUCCUCCAACCCAACCUCAUAUCAUUGGUGCAGGAAUUCAGCCACAACCAAUCCAGCCACCGCCACAACAACAAUACCCACCACGUUAUGACCAGGUCCCAGAGCAAUCACAAACCAAUCACUAUAUAAUUCCUCGACCAAUGCGAGAAUCGGGAUCCCCUAUCCAACAAAUCCCACUCCAAGUUGUAUCGGAACAGCAAUACGACAACUAUGGGGAGCCAAUCUAUGUUCCAAGAACUAUUGCUCCAGGGGUUACUGAAGAAACAAUAACCACUACAACUACAACAAGAAAUGAGGAAAUUGAGAGAAAACGGAAGAAGAAGAAGGAGGACGAUGACAGGAAGAAACAAUCCAUUGACAAUGGCAGUCAAAAAGGAUAUGAUCCAUAUAAUAGUCGUGGAAACGUUGUCGAUCACAAUAAUGGUCAUGGACAUAGUCACGAAGUAUACAUUGACAAAGGAAACGCUGGAAUCAAAGACGGAUCUCAAUAUGAUUAUGGCCGUUUUGAGAAUCACCAUCGUGAUGCAGAAGAGGCGUUGAUUGAAGAGGAAUACAACACUCGUCAUUUAAAGCGAACAGUUGAGCAACCACAGAAAAAGUACCCGAAGAAAGAUGAUCAGAGACAUAUUGAAGAUGGAUAUGGUUAUCAUCCACGAGAUGAUAGAAACCAACGUCACGACAAUCGUGCAAAAAGAGCAAGAGAAACUAAACAAGUAACCCAACGUCGUGCCAUCGGAUGGUCUCCGUCUAACUACCGUAAUCCACGUGAUUGUUUCCUUAAUCUUCUAUGUUUCAUCAUUGCUCCGCUAGUCAUCAUACUCAUCAUUGUCGUCAUCAUUGUCUUUGUCAUUAUCCAAUAG